ACUAGACUAACAAAAAAGUUUGUGUAAUAAACUAUUAAACAGUAUACAUUCAAAUUAAUUGAAUUCCGUUGAUAGUGAAUGAGUGAAUGAUUUUCAGUGAUUCGUGAUAUCGAGAUCCGAAUACAAUGUAGUGAAAACAAACCAAGAAAAUGACAGAAGACGGUAUCACGUGACUACAGUAUAACGGAAACAGUGAAAUACAACUUUUAAAUAAUUAAAUAAUUGAGUUUAUCUUCUUUACUAGUGUUGUUAUUUAUUGCGAAAAUUCUAUGAGGUUAAGUCAUCGGGUAAUAUAUUAAAUUCAUCAUGGAUCAACAGCGGCGUCUCCUGUUACACCUAUCGAUAUUCAUCGCGGUAUGCCUGAGAAUACCACUAACAAACGCACAAAACUCGAGUACCGAGGUCGGCUUACCACUACCUCAAUCGGCGCAAUCUCGAACGAACAUAACGAUAUACGCGUGGAGUUCGUGGGGCACUUGGAGCGCUUGCUCCAGGACCUGCGGAGGCGGCGUCUCGGUGCAGGAGAGGCAUUGCCUUCCGAGAGACCCCACUAGAUGGCGGCGCAGUAGAAAAAGAAGAAAGCUGGUUCGCAGCACGGACAGGAUGAGACGAACUCGUAAUGCGAAUACUGACAGCAUCCCGGAUUGUCCCGGACUGGCGCGACGCUACCACGAGUGCAACACAAUGGUAACCAGACUUUAUGUCCAACUAGUAUUGCGAUCAAGUGCAAAAGUUUAG